GAUCUCGAGGUGAACCCCUGUCUCCAGGAGAGAAGCCCGCAGCCCCGCCCCCAACGAGCUCGGUCCCUGAAGUCCGGAAGCAGCUUCCCGCCUACCUCCGAGCUCUUCUGCACCUCCCCCCCGCCUCCCCCGCUCUUGCAAACGGAGCCUGUCGUCCCCCGCGCCCAGUCCUCGGUGCCCCUCGCCCCAGUCUGGAACUAGAAGACGCGGGCGGGUUGCACGCCUGCUGCGGUCGCUGGGACCGGAUCCGGGAGGGUGCGGCUCUGCGAGCCCCUCCGCCUCCUCCCCACCUUCUCGGGACUGCACACGUGCACGUUGUCAACACAUUUUUUUUUCUUUUUAAUCUUUGGUGAAAAGUCAAUUACAGGAAAAUUAAGCGGCGUCUCUUCUGGACACGCGCGGACGGGUCGUAUGUUUGUUUUUAUUGAUCACGUUGCCUUCCGCCCCUCUCCCCCGCCCUCUUGACCUUCACGUGUUCGCUCCCCCUUCAGUCUUACUGAAGACGCCUCAGACUCCGCCUGGCCCCUAAAACACUGCUUGGCCGCCUGAGAACAGGGACGCCCUGCAUGCCUGGCCACCUCGCCCUACCAAGGAAGCACGAGAGAUGCCAGAAGGGCCAUCCGUGAGGAAGUUUCACCAUCUUGUCUCCCCUUUUGUGGGCCAGAAGGUGGUCAAGACAGGGGGCAGCAGUAAGAAGCUGCACCCUGACUCCUUCCAAUCGCUAUGGCUCCAGGAUGCCCAGGUGCAUGGGAAAAAAUUAUUCCUUCGGUUUGAUCCUGAUGAGGAGGAACUACACGGCAGCAGCCCACCGCCUGUACAAGGAGUGCAGCAGAGAGAGGCCAUGAAUCCAGAGCUGGCCUUGCGGCCCAGUGCUCAGGAAACUUUUACAGGCCCCUCCGGAUCUGGGGAGCCUGUUCCUAGUGGAUCUGAUGGCCCCUCUGGCCUUGGGGGACACAACCUUUUAGUAGUUGCCCAGAGAUGGCUAGAGGUCAGGUUUGGUUUGUUUGGCAGUGUCUGGGUGAAUGACUUCUCCAGAGCAAAGCAAGCUAACAAGAGAGGUGACUGGAGAGACCCUGUGCCCAGGCUGGUACUCCAUUUUGAUGGUGGUGGCUUCCUGGCAUUUUAUAGCUGCCAGAUGUCGUGGAGUCCUCCCCCAGUGAUUGAGCCCACCUGUGACAUCUUGUCCGAGAAGUUCCAUCGAGGAAAAGCCUUGGAAGCUCUAAGCCAGGCUCAGCCUGUGUGCUAUACACUAUUGGACCAGAAGUACUUUUCAGGAUUAGGGAACAUUAUAAAGAACGAAGCCUUGUACAGAGCAGGGAUCCAUCCCCUCUCUCUCGGUUCGCUCCUGAGUUCUUCCUCUCUGGAGGCCCUCGUGGAUCACGUGGUGGAGUUCAGUUCAGAUUGGCUUCGGGAUAAAUUCCAAGGCAAGGGGCGGCACACACUGAUCUACCAGAAGGAGCAGUGUCCUUCUGGUCACCAGGUUAUGAAGGAGACAUUUGGGCCUCCUUGUGGACUCCAGAGACUCACCUGGUGGUGCCCUCAGUGCCAGCCCCAGCUGUCAUCUGAGGGGCCAUAGAAUAUGCUGUCCUCAUAAAUCAUCUGGCCCUCUUCAUGCAACUUGGAGCCUUGAAGAUCAGAUCCCAUGUGUCCUGAGACAAGGGUGUAGGCAAGAACUAUGACGGCUCAGGGAUAGGGUCCAGAGGGUCAGUAUUGUUGAUAUUCAUCUCAUUGGAUUAUACCUCAGCCACAGCUUUCAUGGGGAUAGAUGUUUUCCUUUUCUGGUUAAUUUUGUGUAAUCCCUCUUUGCUGUCAAAAUCUGACAGCACAUUGGGGAAACUCCCUGGAGCAGCAGUGAGUCUGAAAAAGAGUGGCUGGGGGUGGGGUCAGCUGUCAGGGACAGCCAAGGGGUACUAUACUCCUAGGCUUCUUUGCUAAUGGUGUGCUGUGCUGUUUGGGGAACUGCUUGAUUUUGAGUUCCUCCAUUUUCUU